CGGCGGCGGCGCAUCCGGGGGGAAGCCUGCAGCAGCAGAGGAGGACCGGAGCCCAGGUGGGAGCGGGAGCCAGGGCGGAACCCGGGGCGCUGGGAGAGGCCCCAAGCGCCCAGGCAAGUCCUCCCAACGCGAGGCUUCCAGAAAAGAUCAAGGGCUGAGCUCCCGGCACCAUGAACCCCACCAUCGGCUUCGCUCUUCUGCUGACAGUCUUGCAGGUAGCCCGUGGGCAGAAAGUGACCAGCCUGACAGCGUGCCUGGUGGACCAGAGCCUUCGUCUGGACUGCCGCCAUGAGAACUCUACCACCUCGCCCAUCCAGUAUGAGUUCAGCCUGACCCGGGAGAAAAAGAAGCACGUGCUCUAUGGCACUAUGGGGGUGCCUGAGCAUUCCUAUCGCUCCCGAACCAACUUCACCAGCAAGUACAACAUCAAGGUCCUCUACUUAUCUAGCUUCACCACCAAGGAUGAGGGAAUGUACACCUGUGAACUCCGGCUCUCUGGCCAGCCCCCCAUCACCUCCAGCAAGAAUGUUUCUGUGCUCAGAGACAAACUGGUCAAGUGUGAGGGCAUCAGCCUGCUGGCGCAGAACACCUCGUGGCUGCUGCUGCUCCUGCUCUCCCUGCCUCUCCUACAGGCCAUGGACUUCAUCUCCCUGUGACUGCUUGGGCAGGAAGCCACGUGGCCCGGGCCAGAGACCCUACUUCUCUGCGUUGGCUGACCCCCUCCCCACCCCCGAGUCCCUCACACAGCUCGAGGAACAAUGGGGACCCCCCCAUUAGGAAUCCCAGCGCCGCAUGCAUCAU